AUGCUAGAGCUGCGCACGGUGCUCGGCGCCGUACUUGCCGCUCUCGUGUCACUUACAGUCAACGUCAACGCUCAAUGUCCACCAGUGAGCGGACCAUGUCGAUGUGCUCCAUCCAUUUACGAACCGGUGGCAAUUAUCUGCGAAAAUGCCGGCAGUCUCAGCAAUGCUCUACAGGCAAUUCAGCCAGCCAGGAACACUUCCAUCGAUUCCCUCAUGAUUAUCGACACCGCUAUUUCCAGUAUCCCCGCGAACGCUUUCCAGAGCUUCACCAUUCUACGGUUGGUACUGAAUCGCAACACCCUUCAGUUCAUCGAUGAUCAAGCUUUCAACGGUCCAUUGUUGGACUCAUUGGUUGAGCUCGACCUGAACGACAACAACCUUGGCCAGAUCCCUCAGAUGGGUCUCACGCGCCUACGGAAUCUUCGCAAACUCUAUCUGAAUCGAAAUCGUAUCAAUACGUUGUCGUCGAAUGCGUUUGCCGGCUAUGAAAGCAAGGAUUUGAUUAUCAAGCUGUCUUUGGCUGGUAAUCGACUCACCGAUCAAUCGCUCACUGACACCGCCGUCUUUCGGCCUCUACGACUGCUGCAGAGCUUCACCAUUCUACGGUUGGUACUGAAUCGCAACACCCUUCAGUUCAUCGAUGAUCAAGCUUUCAACGGUCCAUUGUUGGACUCAUUGGUUGAGCUCGACCUGAACGACAACAACCUUGGCCAGAUCCCUCAGAUGGGUCUCACGCGCCUACGGAAUCUUCGCAAACUCUAUCUGAAUCGAAAUCGUAUCAAUACGUUGUCGUCGAAUGCGUUUGCCGGCUAUGAAAGCAAGGAUUUGAUUAUCAAGCUGUCUUUGGCUGGUAAUCGACUCACCGAUCAAUCGCUCACUGACACCGCCGUCUUUCGGCCUCUACGACUGCUGCAGGGUUAA